AUGCCAAAGUGUUUUAUAUGUCAAUGGACCCUGUCUACUGCAAAAGAUUUGUGUAAUCACAUUAAAUAUAUACAUCGUAAUCACAAAGACUAUUACGAGUGCAUUGAACAAGGAUGUAACAGAAAAUAUUUCUUAAAAAAUUCUUUUAAAAAACAUUUAGCAACCUGUCACCCCAGUAAUAUUAAUUUGACGACUUAUACGAUAGAAACUGAAACUAAUUUAAAUAAUGAAAACAUGGCUAAUAAUCGUUCAACAUUGACUUCUGGUGAUAUAAGUGAAAACCCUAGUACUUCACAAAAUCUUGAAACUAAUAAUUCAACCUUGACUUCGCCACCAACAGAUUUCUCCAUUCUUUUGAUAAAAUAUUCGGCUUCACUAUAUGCAAACCCUUUGAUUCCCAGAAAUGUUGUAGAAAAUGUUAUGACAAAUACGAGUAAUUUGUUUCAUAACUCUGUCGUAGUACCUUUUACUAAUAUGAUAUCUUCAUGUUUAUCUCAAGGUCAAAUUUCAAAAGAAUGCUGUGAUCUUUUUAAUCAACAUUGCAAUUCUAUCACUGAUUCUUUUAAACAGUUAGAUACUGAGAAAAAGUGUUUUGCCUCAUACAAAACAAAAGGUUCAUUAAUUUUUCCUGAGCAGUAUUUCAUAGGACAAAGAUUAGAAUGUAAUUCCGCCAAUAAUACUUUCAAUUUGGUGCCAGUCACUGCAUCUGGACAGUUAAUACCACUUCGUUUAGUUUUAAAAAAAUUUUUUGAGUUAGAAGGUGUAGCCAAGGAUACCAUUCAGUAUCACAUAGCUCUAUUAAAUUCUUCAGAUAGUGAUAUAAUCCAAAAUAUCGUACAAGGUUCUGAGUGGCAAAAAAAAGUCAGUACACAUCAAGGUCAAAUUGUAUUACCGCUAGCAAUUUAUUUCGAUGAUUUCGAAGUAGGAAACCCUUUAGGAAGUCAUGCAGGCAUACAUAAAUUAGGUGCAGCAUAUGUAUCGAUUCUUAGUCUUCCACCGCAUUAUACAUCAAAAUUGCGUAAUAUUUUUUUGGCCUUACUUUUCCAUUCAUCUGAUCGGUCAACAUUUGGCAAUAAAAUGUCGUUUAAACCACUUAUUUCUGAAUUAAAUUAUUUAAAGCAUCAUGGUAUUCAAAUUAAUGUUCCUAGAUAUUCUGGUAAAAUUUUAUUUGAUGUCGCCGUUCUUCUUGGUGAUAAUUUAGGUAUCCACACUAUUACAGGUUUCAGUGAAUCUUUCUCCAGUAACUUUCCAUGUCGAGUUUGUAAAAUACAUAAAAGCAAUCUUAAACAUACAGUUACGGAUGACUACAGAUUAUAUCGCAAUAUGGAGAAUUAUUUAGAGGAUGUUAAUAUUAACAACGUAUCAGUAACUGGUAUCAAAGAACCUUGCAUAUGGCAUGAUGUUGAAGGAUUUUCUGUGCUAGAUAAUGUUGGGGUAGACGUUAUGCAUGAUUUAUUAGAAGGAGUAUGUAAAUACGAUCUAUGUCUUAUGCUGAGUGCGUACAUUUUUGAAUUGAAGUUAUUUACAAUACAAACAUUAAAUGACAGAAUAAGUUCUUUUGACUAUGGCCCUGAUCGAAGAAAUCAGCCCCCAUGCCUCUUAGCCGAUCACCUUCUUAAUAACACAAUUAAAAUGUCAGCAUCAGAAAUGUUGUGUUUUGUACGAUAUUUUGGUCUACUCUUGGAUGAUUUAAUUCCAGAAAAUGACCAUCUUUUCGAAUUGUAUGUAACUUUAAGAAAAAUAAUCGAUAUUGUUACUUCAACUGCUUUACAUAAAAACUCAUGCGAAUUACUUAAAAGUUUAGUAUCAGAGCACAAUACAAUUUAUUUACAUUUCAGUAAAAAAAAUCUCACCCCUAAAUUCCAUUUUCUAUUGCACUAUCAUGACAUGUUGCGAAAGUUUGGCCCAUUGGUUUCUAUAUGGUCGAUGAGAUAUGAAGCUAAACAUCGUAUUUCAAAACUUUGUGCAAAUGUGUCAAGUAGUCGACGGAACAUAUGCAAAACUUUAGCUAUUAAGCAUCAAUUACUAUUGAACUACACAUUUCUGAAUGAUGAUUUAUAUAAAUUAAUAGAAACUGGCGUAAAAAAGUGUAUAUGUGAAAAUAAAAGACAAGAAAUUGUAGAGAAAUUAAACAUUGUUGCUCAAUUUAUUCAUAAGUGCAAUUGGCUCAUAAUAAAAGGCACUAAAUAUACAUCUAAUAUGUUGUUGAGCUUAGAUGUAGUAAAUGACUACAUACCUAUAUUUGGAUUAAUAGAAAAUAUUUAUAUUACUGAUAAAAAUAUGGUUAUUUUUGAAGUAAGUUCUUUCGAAACCUUAUAUUUUGAUGAAACAUUGUAUUGUUAUGUUGUAACAGACAAAGAAGAGGCAACUCUUUUUGUUAAUUAUGAAAAUCUUUAUAGUUAUAUUCCCAAUACAUUAUCAAUAAGUCGUGAUUGUAAAGCCAAAUAUGUAACAGUAAGAUCCCCAUUAUGA